AUGUCGCAGUUUGAUCCAUCCAGAUUAUUCUCGGUCAAUGGCCAGGUUGCCGUCAUAACCGGCGCUGGAAGUGGCCUAGGGCGAGCAAUGGCUCAGGCCCUCGCCGCAAAUUGCGCCUCCAAAAUCUUCAUCAUUGGUCGACGACUCGGGGCAUUGCAAGAGACAGCCAAAGGAGGACCGGACGGCACAAUAAUCCCCGUCCAGGGAGACAUUACAUCAAAGGAGUCCUUCCAAGCAGCCUACGAGACAAUCUCCUCACAGACCGAAUAUGUCGAUCUGUUGAUAGCCAACAGCGGCGUCGUCGAGCCAAACCCAAAGCCCUUAUUUCAAUCCCCCGGCCCCGACACCCGACAACCUCGAAGAGAUCCGAGAGAAACUCUGGUCUAUCCCCGAGGAGGACUUUUUGCUCGUUCUCCAGACUAA